AUGCACUUGAUCAAAGGUGCAAUCCCACAAGAUCGGGCCAUCACCUAUCAACAAAAAGCUCGUCAGUGGCUGAAGUCAUUCGGUAACAAUGAGCUGGACUAUGAAAACCCAGAGACAUGGUUGGCAAAGAAUCUCCCUGUCCAGAGCACUAUCAACACCUUCAGUGCCUAUGCAGUCGCCCAUGAAAAGUUCAUGUGGGAUGCACGCAUGGAGGCGGGAGUAAUUGAAGCCUUUUCCAAAAUCUGGGGCACUGAAGAACUGCUAGUUAGCUUCGACAGUCUGAACAUCACUUUCCCAAACCGAAAGGAUGUCUCGCGGAUGGGUGCCUGGGAACAUGUGGACCAGAGUCCCUUCCGACGUGGUAUGCAUUGUGUCCAAGGAAUCAUCAAUCUCUCAACGGCUGGUCCAGAUGAUGGAGGACUUGUAGUCUACCCUGGCUCCCAUCGUCUGGUAGAUGAGUUCUUUGAUACUCAAUCAGACAGUUCGACAUGGUCAACUAAAGAUCUGUUUUGGCUUGACCAGACAAAGCUCGACUGGUUCAAGGCAAGGGGAUGUUCCCCCCACAAGGUCUGCGCGGAUAUUGGCGAUUUGAUCGUGUGGGAUAGCCGCACUAUCCAUUACGGCAGUGAGCCGGCUGAGACCAGCCAAACUAUCCGUACUGUUAUCUAUGCUGCCUACUCUCCUGCAAGAUUUGCAUCCACGGAGACUUUGCAGUGCAAAUCGGAGGUAUUCUCCAGGUAUGGAGGUACCACGCAUUGGCCUCAUGAUAACGUCGUUGUUCGCAAAACUUUUGCUAUGCUUCCUGAUGGAACUAGAGACCCAAGGGAUCGCGAAGAGCCCCUUGAGCCUCCUCAAAUUAGUGAUCGGUUACUGAACCUUGCUGGAGUGAAGUCAUAUUAG